CUUAAACACCUGCCUGGUCAGUAUCCUUGUCAGACACGCAGGUCCGUGUCGCAACUUUGUUUUUGAGAAGAGUGAAUUGAGUCGUCAUUGAAAGAAACACCAGGACCAACACUCUGCUCCCUUUGAUUCCUUUGGAUUAAUGGAUGGAUCUGACAUUUGACGGUGCAGUGAUGGCGUUUAAUCAGACGCUGCUUUAUGAUUCCUUGUGCGACGAUUUCACCUACAACCCAACCGUCGUUCCCGCUCUCUACUUUUCGAUGUUCCCCAUAGCUCUGCUGCUGAACGGUGUAGCAGCCUGGGUGUCCCUGCACCUCAAGUCCACCACCACCUUUGUGGUGUACCUGAAAAACCUAGUCGCUGCCGACCUUAUCAUGACACUGAUCAUCCCGUGGAUUGCUGCGGCUGACUUGCCUCAUCUGUCAAAAUUCUUAUUUGUACCGUCAUGCCGUUACUACAUCUCCAUCUUCUACAGCACAGAGUACACGUGUAUCGCUUUGUUGGGCUUAAUCGGUCUGGACCGUUUCUUCAAGAUCAUGACACCUCAAAACAAGUUAGCUCAGAAUCUGACCCUGAGCAAAGUGAUAUCGGGCUCAGUGUGGUUAAUAAUGUUCGGAGGCACAGCUUUACCAACUAUCAUUUUGAGCAACAAAUCAGUGGCCAACUUGACAGAGAUCACCAAUUGCCUUACGUUGAAAGGACCGGCUGGAGUUGAACUCCAUAAGAAGAUUACGAUCUACCUGAAUGUUUUCUUUUGGCUCGUCAGUGUCGUCAUUGCGGUUUGUUACAUUUGCAUCGCACACAAAGUCAUCCAGUCUUUUAAAACCUCCGGGAGUAACAACAACCAGGGAAAGCAAAAGAUCAAACUUCGAGUUUUUGUGGUCGUCUUUGUCUUUUUUUUGUCGUUCGCGCCGUACCACAUUUUCAGGAUCCCUUACACUUUUCAACAAGUCCACCAGCAUUCGUCCAAAACCACCUGCGCUUACUUAAAGAGCAAGUUCGCCAAAGAAUUCACGCUCUGGCUCGCCAACACGAACAUCUGCAUGGACCCACUUAUCUACGUCUUUCUGUGUCGAGAGUUCAAGGACAAGCUGAUGUCUAUGAUGAAGAAUGUUGCCACCUCAUUUAAAGUAGCUUCAGCAGGCAAAGCAGAGGCUACGUCGCUUUAGAUUCUGAGAGACAUCCUGAAAGUGGUAUGGAACCGGACUGAACUCAGGAGGCAAUGCAUAUUUUGUAGACUCAGUUUAUUGCUUCAGAUAUUAUUCAACAUGUUUGCUGUUUACUUACUAUUUACCGACUUCAUUAUCACUAUUUGAAUUCA